AUGGGAAAUCCUCCGAGCUCCAAGGGACCAGUGGGCGUCGGCGGAGACGGGGAGACGGCGGCGCUGCCGGGGGGCAUCGGAGAGGAGCGGAGCGGGGCGUCGAGCAAGGCCUGCGGGGAGAUCGUCCUCGAUUCGGACAAGGAGAAGGAGAGGCUGAUCAGGAAGCUCAGCCAGGCCUCCGUCUGCUCCACCGGCGCCAACAACGAAGAGGACGAGGAGGAAGGCAAUGGCGACGACGAGGACGAGAAGAGCGCCGUCCUCCUCGGUCCCCAGGUUCCCCUCAAGGAGCAGCUCGAGCUCGACAAGGUGCUUCUCCUCCCCUGCCUUUUCGUCUCCUUGAUCCACCAUAGCUUGAUCUGCGCGGAUCUUCUAUGUCGAUGGCGUUGGCGCAGGACGAUGAGAGCCUGAGGAGGUGGAAGGAACAGCUUCUCGGCAGCGUGGAUUUCUCCGCCGUGGGAGGUACUAGCUAGGGAGGAGGCGCUUCCCCUGCGGCCUCUACGCAGAGAUCGACGAUCAUCUAACGGAGGACGCGAAAAUUGUGCAGACACGGCUGAACCGGAGGUGCUGAUCCUGAGCCUGACGAUCGUCACCCCCGAUCGCCCGGAGAUUGUCCUUCCGUUCCCGCUGGUCCCUAACGCCAAGGGCUACGCCUUCACGCUCAAGGACGGCAGCCGCUACCGCCUCAGGUUGUCCUUCGCCGUCUCCAACAACAUCGUCUCCGGCCUCAAGUACACCAACACCGUCUGGAAGACCGGUGUCAGAGGUCUAUCAGGCCUGAUCGCCUUCCUCCUCCUGCUCUGUAGAUCGGCAGAACCUUCUUCUUCAUCAUCAUCCUCAUCCUGAAUUCCAUGGCUCUUCCGUGGCAGUCGACAGCACGAAGGUGAUGCUGGGGACCUUCAGCCCCCGGCAGGAGCCCUACACCUACGAGCUGGAGGAGGAGACCACCCCCUCGGGGAUUUUCGCCAGGGGAUCCUACUCUGCGAGGACGAAGGUGAGCUCCUUCUACAUCCAGGCAUAUUCCCAAACAUUGCGUUGUAAUCACGGCCGCUUCGCUGCGGGGUUUCAGUUCGUGGACGACGACGGGAAAUGCCACCUCGACGUGAGCUACUACUUCGAGAUCCGCAAGGACUGGCCGGCAUCCUCCUGA